AUGGGAGACGAGCGACAAAUAGAUGACGACAAAUUGAGGACACAAGUUUUUACCUUAGAAUAUGGAAUCGCUGUCCGUAACGAACGCUUGCAAAAUAGUGUGCCGUUUAUAAGUGACACCGGAGUGGAUGCGCCCGAAGCCCCUAUAUUUACCAUUCUAUUCAAUUUGGGCGCUAUUCUCGUUGCCAUCACUGUUUGCAUACGACAUAUGAUAUUUCAUGUCAGAUAUAAUACGAACGGCAUGUCUAAGGUCUCGACCACAACCAAACACAUGAACCAAUUGUCCAAAGUGUGCGGUGGGCUCACAGUAGUUGGUCUAACAAUAAUUGAUAUCGAUUGUGGUAUAAAAGUGAUCGCUGACGACAAGUUCUUAGAUGACUGUCUCUUUGCGCACAACAAGUAUAGAGAUCUUCAUGAAAAUACGAGUCGAUUGAAAGCGAACCGAACGGCGACAGAAUAUGCAUUGAGUAGAAUCAGAAGUCUGGCCAAAAUCGAUGGCCAGCGACCGGUUGACAACCAGAGAGUGGUGUUCGGGGAAAACUUUUACUGGUAUUACGACAACACGGGAUACCAUUCAUGUGCCGAUGCGGUAGAUCUGUGGUAUAAGGGGAGGGAUCGGUAUGACUAUAAUAGGCCCGCAUUUCAUGAAAAAACUGGUGGAUUCAGUCAAGUGGUGUGGAGAGGAUCACAAUAUUUAGGAUGUGCUCGCGUUGAAGACGACACUCGCAAAUAUUUCGAGACAUACAUUGUAUGCAAUUAUUUGCCGGCCGGUAAUGUCGACGGUCAGUAUCCCUAUAAUGUAUACCCAUUACGAGAAGUCGAUCGACCGUCUGUUGCGCCCGUCAUCGGAGGUGGCAGUUGGAGUGGAAGUGCUGACCGACCCGUUAGUGUAGGACAUCGUCCAGAGGCCAGUGGACACAAACCUGAGGCGGACAGACCUUACGACAGGCCUAAUACAGUGCAUCGACCCAUCAAUGGCGUCAAUAACGACGGCUGGGCAGCGGACAGACCUGUUAGACCAGUUGAUCGUCCGAUAAGUAGUAAUGGAUGGCCUUCUGAUAGGCCAUCGACUGGUAGUGGAGGUGUUUGGACAGUGGAGCGCCCGGAGAGACCCAGUGCUCGUCCCCCUCCACCCACACCUCCUGGAUAUCCCCUCAUCUUUUAUUAUUACUGA